CAAAUGUGAAGUUACAUGGCAGGGCAGCGUUGUUUAUUGAAAUCAAAUAUUCAAGAGAAAAUGGACGAUAAUCCCGGUUCCGACAUAUCUACACCAGAUACCAAGGCGACAUACGUACUCAGCAACGUUGUGGAGGUCGUCGAACGAAUUCUUACCUUCGUGCCGACCAAGUCUCUUCUCGUAAUCGCAAGUGUGUGCAGGCUCUGGAGCAACUGUGCCCGCAGAGUGCUGAGAACUCAGCAGCAGCUGACAUGGGUGUCGGCCUGUGGGCCCUCCACCACGGAGGUGCAUAGUCUCUGCAAAACCUUGGCUGAGGAGGUGGAGAAAGUGUUUCUCCUGCCCAAAACGGUCCUAGCGAUGAUGGACUGGGAGGCCUUCAAGCUUCCAGGUUACUGCCACAGACAGAAGAAAUCAAAGAGGAGCCGCCACAGUCCAGUUGAGGAACUCAUUGAGGUCUUCCCGAAGAAUUGUGACGUCAUGGGCAUCGCAACACCGGGCAUUGUCUUAACACCCAGUGGCUCUCGCUCCAGGCCCCCAGAAGAGCAUCAGGAAGGAGAGGCCGGCUUUGCCAUCAUGUUCCCAAGCAUGGAGGGCGUCCACAUCAGGCCUUUUCACUUUUGCCAGAAGUCUCUCUCCCCAAGCGCUCUGAAAGAAGCGGGACUAAUCGACAACCCAGAGUUGCGAGUGGUUCUCCUGUUUGUGUACGAGGCGUAUAAAUCUGGAGGGGCGCGCUUCCUCGGCCAAAUCCUGGAGCCUCUGGCCAAGAGCAAAGCUGUGAUCGCUGGCGGACUGGUAGAAAGUGUAUUUCCCUCCAAGCUCUGUUGUAGCAGGGGCGCAUACGGCGUGGUGGGCCUGGCCCUGAGUGGCCCCAAAGUGCAGGGCGCCUCAGUACUCUUGGACCAGGAUGUCAGCAGCCCCAAGUUGGCCGAAGCCACCAUUCGCAGGCUGAAAGCAGCCAAAAUCCCAGAGAGGAACACGCUGGGCUUCAUGUUUGCGUGCGUGGGCCGAGGCCAGAAUUACUACAACAACCAGAGCAACGUGGAGGCCGACGCCUUCCAAAAGGUCUUCCCUGGCGUGCCGCUCUUUGGCCUUUUCGGCAACGGCGAGAUUGGUUGCGACCGCAUCGUCAAAGACGACUACACGCUGUGUGACGCAGACACGGAAUGUCUGCAGCACGAGUACACCACUGUCAUGACGCUGGUCCAUCUGGGUUGACGGAUUAAAAACAAACUAACAUUUGACCAUGCUGGAAAGCAUCUGAGUUAUCCCUUCAGCUGUCAUUUUAAUGGCAACUGCUGGGACUCUAUUGUGUCCCUAUUAAUAGCUACAAUCGGGUAAUACGGAGCAUCUCUUUUAGUGUCCUACUGUGUAAAAUGUGUAAAUAUUUUGCCCAAACAUUUGAGGCGGAUCUUCGGUCACCUUACAGGGUUUUCGCUUAAACAAACAAAUCCUACGUUAUUGUUCAAGAGGUUCUGAUCUAGCAAAGGCACUUUUUCUUCCUGUACGAGGCAUGUCACUUUCUUUUCACUAAGCCAAUGCAGUUUUGUGACACUAUGUGAACACAUUUAUUGGGUUGCCUGACCAUUAUACCUACAGGAAUACCUGUGUAGUUAUCAUCCUGAAUGGCUUUUAUGUGGUCUGAGGCCCCUUGUAUAACUGCCCAAAAAAAACCCCGACAUAUUUCUGUCUUUUUCCACGCCAAGUCACGACCAUUCAUACUGAACAGCAACAAAGUCGACAUGGCAAUUUUCUGCUCUCUGAGAUAGCAAAGGAGAUAGACACCACCUGUGUUUAAGGGUAUUCCUUAGUGUUGGUACCAGGGGUGUGAUGAUUAACACCUAACACUCACUUCUCCCAACCCUGUUGUGUGAAAAUGUCACUCCGAGACAACUGGCUUUUAAAUGUCAAACCAGACGCUGGAGCUGAGUUCUGUGUAAAAGGGCCAAGUGUAUAAAUGCCUGAUCUCCCAUCUUAAUGGCUCUGAUGUGGUCAAAUGAGCCUACUGGUGUUCUACCUGCCUCACAAUCUCUGUUCUUUGGUCAGUCUCUUACUUAACUCAUUCAAGCAUGCCUUUCAUGGACUGGAAACAGAGAGAAACCUUCUCCCAUUUGCUACCACAAAGUUGGACACAAGAGUUGCAUUGACAAAUACUAAAAAUGAUACUUUUGUCCAUUUAGUGUCCACCUGAGGCAACAGCCCCUUUUCCAUUGUUGGGUUUAAUUGACACCUUUAUCUGGCACAGCGUUAAGGCUUUUUUUUUUUUUUCCACCCCCAAUCUUUUGUGGGAACAGAGAAAACGUAUGCGUAAACGAUGCCCUGAUUGGCAAAUGUUUUAGUACUGCCAGAUUGUAGAAAGCAAACAGAACUCAAACGUUCGGCAUGCUUCUUGUCUCAAAAAGUGACUUUUGCCAUGUUCCUAAUGUCAUAACGGUGCAAUAUCUAUAAUUGUUGCGUCAAAUUUGGUUAGCUGCUGCUGUCUUUGAAGAGUUCAGAUAUUUUUUGCUUCAGAUUACUGUAACAAUCCUCUCUUUUUUUUUAACCCAUCAGAUACUUCAGUUAGGUAGCUGUUGAGAUCUAAUACAAGGGUUGUAACAAAUGUUAAAGGGGUAGGCAACCCACAGCCCGAGGCAAAUACUGCCACCGAGCAAUUCUCCUACAAAUAAAACAGGAACUGUUAAAAGCCCAAAUAUCUUUAACCCAUACAUAAAAUAUAUCUAAAUCUAAUCAGACGACCACUGACCACUUUUUUGUUGUUGUUGUUAGUUCUUUUCAUCUGAGUGCACUUUUCUACACGAUGUGCCAAAAUCAUCUGCUUCCAUCUGCCCUCAAAUAAAUUAAGAGCCAAAACAAAAU